AUGACGACAAAAUCUACAUGUGAAUUUAAUCGACUUAUGUAUCUUCUUGAUACAAAUAAUAUUGAACAAGCUCGAUUAUUACUUAAACAACAAAAUUUAUUAAUACGAAAUAAUCUUUUUGAUAAAUUUGAUAAUAAUGAUAAUACAUUACUUCAUCGUUAUAUUCUUCGUAAUCAAGAAGAUGCUGUACAUUUAUUAUUAGAAUAUGGUGCAUCAGUUUAUUCAUUAAAUAAAUAUGGAUGGUUACCAAUACAUUUAGCUGCUUAUUAUGGACAAAAUCGAACUAUAGUAAAAUAUCUUCUUGAAUUCGAAAAAAGGUAG